GAUAAAAGGGAGGCAGGGGCCAGCUGGGCACUGCCCGGAGCGGAGCAAGGUCCAUCCAGAGGACAGCAGCGAGGAGCGCGCGCACCCCUGGUGCCGGGAUGGGGCCGCUGCUGCUGGCGCUGGCCUCCUGCCUGGGGCUGGCCAUGGCCUCCGAGGGGGCCACCAACGGCAGCCGGCUGUGCCGCGAGGCCCCGGUGUGGCAGAUCAACGGCUCCAGCCCCAUGAAGGGCGCGGCGGGGCAGGUGACGGUGGUGGCCCUGCUGAAGGCCAGCUGACACUUCUGCCUGCUGCAGGCUCGCAGCCUCGGGGCCCUGCGGGAGCGGCUGGGGCAGCAGGGCGUGGGCGAUGUCCGCUACAUGAUCAUCAACGAGCAGGCCCCGCUGUCCCGCGCCAUGUUCGGGGAGCUGCAGCGCCAUGCCCCGCCAGGCAUCCCCGUCCUCCAGCAGCAGCCACAUGAGCCCGAUGUGUGGCAGCUGCUGGGGGGCGACAAGGACGACUUCCUUGUCUAUGACCGCUGUGGCCGCCUGGCCUUCCACAUCCAGCUGCCCUACAGCUUCCUGCACCUGCCCUAUGUUGAGUCCGCCAUCCGCUUCACCCACCGCAAAGACUUCUGUGGGAACUGUUCCCUCUACCCCAACAGCACCCAGGAGGCCAACAUCACUGUGGAGGUCCCUGUGACCCCGACCCCGCUUCCCAAACAGGAGGAGAAGGAGUCUGAGAUCCCCGCCCACCACCAACCCAACCAUCUUCAUCCUCACCAUCACGUGGUCGGCAGCGGGACAGCCCCAGAGCCCAGUGGGGACCGCAGACCUGCUGCCCACACUCACCACCACCAUGGAGCCCAUGGCCAACUCCGUCCCAAGGAGCAGGCACCAGAGGGACGUGAUCCCUAAUCUGGGCAGAACCCGGAGCGUGCAUACCACGCAGGCUCACUUCCCAGAGGCAUCGAAGGACUUGCUUUGUGCUGCUGGCCACAAGCAGCAUUGGUGUACAGCCCCCUCCAUGUGGGUCAUGCUUCCACCCAGUGACUAGGGAUGAAAAUCCCCCUCUGGCACCCAAAGAUGCUGUCCUUUUUGCCCUAAGACUCAGUUCUGCCCCUUCUUCCUCUGCUGCUGCUUCUCUGUGCUCAAUGAUGCCCGUGGUGCAAACUGGGACAUCCCCAGUCACUGCGGGCUGACACCGCAUGGAGCAGCGGGGCAGGGAUUGAAGGAGCAGAACUGGGACCCAUGGGUGUACCUGGAGGGCCCGGGUGAGCCCGGAGGAGGGGAGUGCGGAUGGGGGUCGCAGCUCCCUGUGUCUCAACCUUCUCACCCUGUGCACGGGUAUGUGCAGUGGUGGUGGGUGGCCGCAAGAUGGUGGCCGUGUCCCCUCUCAGAAAACAGGGGGCUGCCUCCAGGGCCCGCAGCCCUGGGAGGAGGACGUGGGUGGGGGUCCUGGGGUGAAGUGGACAUCCAGGUGACGAAUAAAGCCU